UAUAGAACAGUCGACCUACGUUCAUUGCAAGCGUCAGUUGCUUCUUUAUGCUUUUUGUCAGUAAAACACUUGAUACGAUACACAUACGCGGUGCAAGCCACUAUAUUGAUCAUUUACGAAAGUUAUUUGCUACGAUAAACUAGUGUGUCCUGACGAUGGAGUUUCAUUGGAAAUUCUACGAGAAUAUAAAAGAAGUCAACGUUUUAUUCGGAUUGGUGCUGUCUCUUUUGAUGCUAAAUAGAGUUGAAUCUAAAUAUUACGAGGUGAAUUUAGAAGAGGGACAAACACUUUAUUUAUAUAAUGAUAACUUUCCGGAUCCAUAUGUAGGUAAAAACAAUUACAUUUGGCAAUUUUACAGCGCCACUAUUAUCAAAGCAACGUGUUCUCUUGAGCUAUAUGGUAACUACAAAGAAAAUGUAUUUCUUGUUAAUAAUGGAUAUUCUAUAUCUAUGUACUAUGGUAAUAAAACAAUUGCCUUUGAAGGAUUUAAUCUAACUAUAACAUUUGUCUCGACAUUUAACUCGCAAGGUAGAUUUUUAUGUACAAUUAAAACUGAUACAAAUAAUGAUACCUGUCAGUGUGGUAGGAAAAAAGUGACUAGAAUAGUAGGCGGUACGGAAACCAAAGUAAAUGAAUAUCCUUGGAUGGUUGGGAUUGUGGAUCUUCUUGAGAAAAACAUAUUUUGCGGUGCUGCUAUAAUAUCUGAACAACAUUGUAUAACAGCAGCCCAUUGCGUACUCAACAGAAGCAUUAGUCAGAUUGCCAUAGUUGUUGGUGAACAUGAUGUGACCAUGGGUAACGAAACCAGUGCAACCAAGCUGUAUUCGCUAUCCGAAUGUAUUAUUCAUCCUGAAUAUGAUUUUACCAAAAUUGGUCAUAAUGAUAUAGCUGUUUGUGAGACUACUAAAAGCAUCGAAUUUAGUGCUGAAGUUAGUCCGGUCUGCUUACCAUUUCAACAUAUACUAGAUUCGUUCGAUAAUAGUUACGUCACUGCGUUGGGCUGGGGUUUACUGGAAUUUGCUGGCAGGAAAUCCAAUACGCUACAAAAAGUAAAUUUAAAUGUAAUAGAACCCGAAAAAUGCCCAGAUAGUUCCAGCAAUAACUUAUGUACUUUUACUCCGGAAAAGGAUACAUGUCAGAUGGAUAGUGGCGGUCCUCUUUCAUGGGAGGAUAUCAAACAUAGAAGUUUCUUGGUUGGUAUUAUUUCUGGUGGUAUCGGCUGUGCUUCAAACGAACCUGCUAUAAACAUGAAUGUAGGUUCUUAUAUCGAUUGGAUAGUAUCUGUAACUCCAGGUAUACAAUAUUGCAUAGUUGAAUGAUCCUCGCAGUUAAAAAGAAGAACCUGUUUUAGAAGAUUAUAGACGUCUGUUGACG